AUGGCCCCGCGCGCCCGGCGGCGCCGCCCGCUGCCCGCGCUGCUCGCGCUCUGCGCGCUGCUCGGCCGGCUGCAGGUGACUUUGCAGAUCACCCCUCCUUGCACCAGUGAGAGGCAUUACGAGCAUUUUGGACGAUGCUGUAACAAGUGUGAACCAGGAAAGUACUUGUCUUCCAAGUGCACUGCCGCCUCGGAGAGCGUCUGUCUGCCUUGUGGCCCGGACGAAUACCUGGACACCUGGAACGAAGAAGACAAAUGCUUGCUGCAUAAAGUGUGUGACACAGGCAAGGCCCUGGUGGCGGUGGAGCCCGGCAACCGGACGGCCCCCCGGCGCUGCGCCUGCACCUUGGGGUACCACUGGAGCCGGGACUGCGACUGCUGCCGCCGCAACACCGAGUGCGCGCCCGGCUUCGGCGCCCAGCGCCCGGUGCAGCUUGACAAGGACACGGUAUGCCAGCCCUGCCUUGCAGGCCACUUCUCAGAUGCCUUCUCAUCCACAGAAGAAUGCAAACCCUGGACCAACUGCACGACCCUUGGAGGCUCCGUAGCUCAUCCUGGAACGGAUAAGUCAGACGUCAUGUGCAGCUCUUCUCUGCCAUCCAGGAAACCGCCAAAUGAACCCCAGAUCUACUUGCCGGGUUUAAUCAUCCUGCUUCUCUUCACAUCUGUGGCAGUGGUUGCUGCCGUCAUCUUUGGUGUUUACUACCGGAAAAAAGGGAAGGCACUCACAGCUAAUUUGUGGCACUGGGUCAAUGAGGCAUGUGGUCGCCUACGAGGAAACAAGGAGUCCUCGGCCCGCAGCUGCAGCCACACUCAGGUGGAAGCCUCGAGUCCACGUGAAUUUUGUGAUGGCGUCCUACUGCUGACUCUGAAAGAGAAGAUAUUUUCUGAAGAUAUGUGCUGUCCAGAUGGUGCUGGUGUCUGCGGGGAUGCCAGCGCGGGCAGUGGACCCUGUGCCCAGAGCGAAGAUUCCAGGAUGCUCACUUUGGUCAGCGAGACAGAGGGGGACCCCUUCAGGCAGAUGCCCAUGGAAGAUGAAUACAUGGACAGGCCCACCCAGGCCCCAGACUCCUUCCUGCUCCUCACUCAGCCUGGAAGCAGGUCCACGCCCCCUUUCUUGGAGCCCCUAGAGGUGGGAGAGAAUGACAGUUUGAGCCACUGCUUCACCGGGACAGAGAACACAGUGGAUUCUGGAAGCUGCACCUUCAUGGAACCCGUGAGCAGGACUGACUGGCCCCCUGUGACCUCCGAAAAGUACUUGCAAAAAGAGGUGGAGCAUGGUGGCCACCCACACUGGACAGCCAGCCCCAGCUCUGCAGACGACUGUGCAGGCUGCGGGCACCCUCCGGGGGCAGAGCAGACACCCUUCCUGGGGGCCCCCCAGAGUGGACCCUUGCCCCAGUGCGCCCAUGGCAUGGGCCUUCCGUCUGUAGAAGCCGCUGAUGGGGCCUCGCCAGGAGGCUUGCCCAUGGAUGGCGCGGACGGCAGUCACCCUGGCUCAGGGAGGGGAGGCCCUGGGCCUGGAAGCCCCUCUGGGGACCAGCCACCUGCAUCUGGAAAUGUGACUGGAAACAGUAACUCCACGUUUAUUUCCAGCGGGCAGGUGAUGAACUUCAAGGGCGACAUCAUCGUGGUCUAUGUCAGCCAGAACUCGCAGGAGGGGCCGGCGGGCGGCGGCGCCGGGGAGCCGGCGGGCCGCCCGGUGCAGGAGGAGAGCCCGCCCUGCUGCGCCUCGUUCGCGGGCCUGGGGCCGCGCUUCGCGGAGGAGCGGCCCGGCCCGGGGCAGCAGGAGUGCGGCGCCCCGGGGCCCGACAAGGCGUCGCGGCCGGUGCAGGAGCAGGGCGAGCCCGGGGCGCGGCGCUGA